UCGAGAAAUCGUUUCUUGCCCAACUGUGGACUUUCCAAGCCAUACCGCACAAAUGAGCGUAAAUGUGAACAAACAAGGGGCAGGUAUUUUUAUCCAACCUACAAGGUGCAAGUUAGUGUUUUAACUGUAAAUAGAAGUUCAAUGUCACCACUUGUCACAGCAGGACUAAAGGUCUUAUGAAUCAAUGGCCCCUAGAGGCCAAGAGCCAUUUAUCCACCACAAAUAAGCCAUGUCAAUCACUGACAGACAUCACACCAAAUAAAAGGAAACCAGCAAGAAGAUUACAGGUAUCGCUAGUUCUCAUCACCAGCAUCUGUUGAUAGGGGUCUGUGACUCCCAGGGAUCUGCGGCAGUACUCACAAUUACGGACUCCAGUACUCCUUGUGGAAGCAUGUCUAGGGUGGAAGGUUACGGAGAGACUGACCUGCGCUCACAGCUACGAGCCUGUAGGACUGAGAUUGCCAUGGCAAUCCAUGAUCCCUUCCCACUGCUGUAUGGGCUGGCGGAUCACGACAUCAUCUCUGAAGAGAUUCUGAGGGAGACUUUAGAGCGAAAGAAAAAGGAUGGGAUCCACAAAGCUGUCUACUCACUGCUCACUUUGCUGCUGGACCAAGACGCUACUGUCCUCCAGGCCUUCUGGAGCAAUCUCUGUAAAGAGUAUAAUAAGGAGUGUUACCCAAAACUGGAAACUCUGUUUAUGAACCUCCCCAAAGGGUUAAAGCAGGUGGCCAGACAUGCUGGGAACCCCAGGCUUGAGCUGCAGGUACGCAGCCAUUCAGGAAGAAAGAGAGGGCUGGCUGAAAAACACCUAACCCACCGGUCCCAUCACCACACCAAGAAAGCCAUAACAUCCAGCUCAGGAAGCAAAGGCAAGCCGAUGAGGAAGACAGAUGGUGCAGCACUUUCUCAGGUCUCAGUGGGAAACGGGGUCCAGGCCGUAUCUACCUCAGUCCAGAGGGCCGUGGCUGUAUCUGCCAGUGAGCAUCCCACUGGCUGCGGGACAGUGGAGGGGAUUCUGAUCCAGCAGGUCAUUGAGUCUGCACAGAUGUCUCAGUUGCGCUUUCCUCCAGGAGGUGCCAAAAAAUGCAUCAAGGUUGGAGGAGAAUUCUACUCAUCUGGCAAACUGGAUGAGACAGCUGGAGUGCAAAAGACACAGACUGCACAAAACUAUAGUCACCAGCAGGGAGAGCCAAGCACCAGAGUCAUGGAUAUAGAGCAUAAUGAUGAUGAGUGUGCAGUGUGUAAAGAUGGUGGGGAGCUCAUCUGCUGUGAUGGGUGUCCUCGUGCCUUCCACCUCACCUGCCUGGUCCCACCCCUCACCUCCAUACCCAGUGGUUCAUGGCGCUGUCAGCUAUGCCAAAGCAACAGAGCGAAAGACAGGACAUACACCCCCCUGCAGCCCACAGUUCACCCUCCAGUGACCGAGACAAGCUCCAGCUCUGCUGUGGACUUCUCCUUCUUCUCCUCUCUGUCCUCCACCUCACUCUCCACAGUCACAGGAGGCAAAAGCGCUCCACCAAUGGGCCUCCAGUCUUCUGAUGGUCAAAUGGUUGGGAUCAGGAUGGCUUGUGGAAUUUGCCAUCUCGUCCAGGGAGAGCUGAUCACCUGCCCUCAGUGCCUGCAGAGUUAUCAUGCUCUCUGCAACUUCUCAAAUGGAAAGACAAGAUGUAGGAAUUGCUCCAGGUCUUGGGGCCCUGAAAGCGAAACAUCAUCAAGGAGUCUUCAGGUGAGUCAACACAUGAGUGACCAGGGCUUAACACCAUCAGAGCAGCUGUUCAACAGAGAUGAAAUGGACUCUAUAAUGGGGGAGAGCCCUAUAGAUGGGAUCCUGCAGUGGGCUUUCCACAACAUUUCACGUCCUCUUUCUGAGUCUCAAGGCUAUUUCCAGUGAUUCAGUGAGUCAGAUUAAUCUCUGCUGUGCCCAAAUCUCAGUAUCAGCUUCCUCCUCAGCGUUAGAUGGACUGACGUGAAGAAUAAAACACAGAGUUUUGAUAAUGUGAAGAAAAUCAAUGUAUUUUUUUAUCCUUUUUUCUUUCUUUCUCAGUAUAUUAUUUUUUUAGAUCUCAAAUGCUUGUUGCUACUACAGGGUGUCCGCCAAUUCUUAUUUGAUGUCAAACUAAUUUUUGUGAAGAAAAAAAACCAAAAAAAAAACCAUAUAAAAUACAUUGAACUAACUUCAACCAAAGCUAAAAUUAAGAAGAUAAUGUUUGACUUCCUACAUUAAAAUGAAACUUCCUACAUUAAAAUGUAUUAAGUAAAAUAAAAAUUACUGUACAUCAAUAAUGAUUAUUUUAAAGGCAUUGCAUUGUAAGUAUCAUGCAAUAUUUAUAUACAUGGCUAUGGUACACGGAUGUAAAUAUCAGAUGAAAAACAUGCAGACGAAAAUUAGGCUGUGAUGGAUAGACUUACAGUCUUGACAAUGGCAUCCACAAUAUAAAUACAUCAUAUUUUUCAACUCAUAACUUUCUGUUUCAUGGAGAUUUUGUCUACAGAAAGACUUUUAGUAAGAUGUUUCAUCAGUUAAACAGCUGUUGUAUUGUUAAACAACAGUACAAUGCAUUGAACGCACAUCAUACUUAUGUCUCUCACAGCCUUUAUUUUCACUCAUCAGAAAUUAAAUAAGGCACAACCCUGAAUAAGGUCUAUAGAGGUCCUUGGCCUGAAAAAUGUUAAAGACCUCUGGUCUAGAUAAUAAUGAAACUCACAUUUUGAUGAAGUAUGUAUUGUUCUGUAAUGUUAACAUUUAUGUGAUAACCUCCAGAUAUGAGACAAUGGCUCAAACAUAAAUAAAUGGAUUUCUAUUUGUAUCAGAGCAAACAUGGAAAACAUGUACCUAU